CACAGCUAAUUUAGUUGAAGUAAAUCCAAUUUCUGCAGUGAUCUUAUAGCAUUUCGAAACACCAAGCUGCAUGGAAACGUAAAACCCAUCGACACCUAGUCAGUCAUAAUCAGCGUCACAGUGCCAAUAUUUAGCUCAUCGCGUCAAUAUGAAUAUUCUUAGUGCUCUGAAAAACCGAGUCGAAAUUGUCGACAAUUCGGUAACAUCUCGAGACCUCGUGAAUCGGUUCGUAGCCCAAGGACCGCAGGAAGAGCCCUUGCACUUAACUGAGGUUGACUCGCUGGUCAAGCGGCACUACGAGUGGUCGCUGCAUUUGCCACGAGUUGAACCAUUCUACGCCAUCAAGAGCAACGAUGAAGCAUCACUGGUGGAAGCCACCGUACUGCUGGGAUGCGGCUACGAUUGUGCAUCCAUGGCUGAAGUUCGUCGGAUGUUAGAACUGGGAGUCGAUCGGAGAAGAAUAAUUUUUGCUCAACCACAGAAAACGAUCGUUUCGCUGCAAUAUGCACGUGAGAAGAGAAUUCUUACGGUGUUCGACUCGGCGUGUGAACUUAAGAAAAUCCAUCAGUACUAUCCGGAAGCAGAAGUCCUCAUCCGUUAUCGAUUCGACUCGAGAAACUCGGUGACUAACUUAGGGGUAAAAUUUGGUUGUGAAACAGAAAAGGAAUCAAAGCAAUUACUCAAUCUGGCGAAAGAAUUAGGUAUUAACGUGAUAGGAUGGUGCUUCAACGUUGGAUCGGGAUGCAGGGACGCGAGCAUUUUUUACGAUGCCAUCAAAAAAGGUCGUGAAAUUCAUGACUAUGCUACCACCAUUGGAUUCAAGUUCACAAUGAUCGAUUUAGGUGGAGGUUUCUUGGGAGACAAAGGCAAUGGUAUAAGUCAGUAUGCGGAUUACAUAAACCGUGCAUUGGACGAGUGCUAUCCUAAAGAAGAAAAUGUUUCUAUUAUUGCUGAACCGGGUAGGUUUUACUGCGCAGCAGCUGUAACUACAAUUAUUCCUGUGCACGGAAAACGAGUUUUGUUCAACGAUAACGAUCCACUGAAAAUCGAACAUAUUUCGUAUUACUUCAACGAUGGAAUGUACGGAACCUUCUACAGUGCGAAGUAUCGAAAUCAAAAACUACAUCCAAUUAUUUGGAAAUCAGGAGUGGAUCUGGAAUUGACCUACAGGACGACUUUGUUUGGACCAACCUGUGACGGGAAUGAUGCCUUCGCCAAAGACUUGGACCUUCCACAGCUGGAGGUGUCAGAUUUUGUUAUAUUUGAAAACCAAGGGGCAUACGCGCGAGUCCACUCUUGUCGAUUCAACGGAUUCUGUCUGCCAAAGGUAACCAACUUUAUACGGAAAAGAACCUGGGAACUGCUGGAAACGCUUUCAAAAUCUCCAAAUCCAACUCAAGUUCUGUUGAACAAUGAAUAUUUACAGAAAAACUACAACAUAGAAAAACUCACGUUCGAGGCUAAUUAAUUAUAAUUAUCUUCAUAAUUGAGAUUUUCUGCACAUAGAAAACGAAUUUGAGAAAGUGAUAACUCUUCAAUAUAUUGACCUCGUGUGAAGGAACGUCUGGAAAAAUGACCAAUUCAUGAAAUUGGCCCCCGAAUGUUGGGGUUUUACUAAAUCGAUUGAUGUAGCAAUGCAAUGUAAGAGAAUACAAUAUAUGACCAAUUCUUAAAAUUCACCCUAAAAAUAUGUGAUUUUUCUCGAAAUCGCCUUUAAUUGAAAUGCGAUUUCAAAAUCGUUGAGAAACGUAGCCAAUUCAACGAAUAUUUCCUAGAGCAUGUUUGUAUAAAUCGCAAUAGGAAUAGGAAUUUAAAAUCAGUGCAAAAAUCAUUUACCAAGCUCGAGUGAUCACCGAUUGGCCCUCCAGAAGCACCAGAGCAUCCGAAAAAGUAGUCAAUUUGAUAAGGAAUAGCAGCUAAGUUUUAUCCAAAUUGUUUUUUACAGCAAUGUGAAAGAAAACCUAAUGCAUCACCUAUUGACCCCAGGUGGUCAUCAAGUAGUCCUUCGGAAAUUUUAGCAUACAUGAAGAAAUGGCCAAGUCUAAAAAAUUGCUUUGGAAAGUUGUGUUUUUUUAUCUCAAUUUUUGCUUUUUAAUGUGACCUCAGGUGAUCCUUAAUUGGUUCUUCGGAAGGGCGAAAUAUCCAAAAAAGUGGCCCAUGUUCUAGAAAUAUCCUACAAACGAUUCAAAUGUUUUUUUUUUUUGUAGCAUUCUUCAGAAGUUCUUAAACAUCAGAAAGGGCAGCUAAAUAAAUUUUCCUUGAAGAAUUAGAAAUUUUCCAUUAAAAAUUAGGAAAUUGCCAAUAAAGAAAUCAGGGUAUGAGCAAUAAAUAAAUAUAAAAUAUCCACAAAUAGUUCCAUACACAAUGAAAAAUUUUCAACAAAACAAAAAAUCAAAUUGUUCCACAGAAAAAAAUACCAAAUUUCAGAAAUUAGUAAAUAAGGGAACAGACUGCUU